AUGGUUGCUAAGGAAAUCACUGGGUAUGUUCUUCCAAAAAUGACCUUCGACUUGAUGCACCAUUGUGUCUCUGUUCUUGAACUAAUCUACAUGACGUUGGCCUCGGAUUAUGUGCGCCAUAUUCCGCCUAAUGCAAUUAAUUGGUAUCCAGGCCACAUGCAAAAAGGCCUCAAGGAAAUCCAGGCUCGUUUGGCGGAUGUUGAUGUAAUUAUCGAGAUCCAUGAUGCCCGCCUACCGCUGACUGGGCGCUGCCAGUUUGUAAGAGACGUUAGUCAGAUUCGUCCUCAUAUUCUAAUAUUGAACAAGUCCGAUUUGGCGGAACGCAUCGUAGACGUCACAGAGCACAAACGCCUCUUCACGGAAGAUCAAAGCUUAGGACCGUAUUUCCAGCCACCCGCAGAAAUCUUUUUUGCGAACCUGAAACAUCCCGAACGACAGAAACGCCUACUCCGUCAACUCCUGUCGAGGUAUAGCAGUACUUGUGUUUAUGGUGCCUUAGUGCAUUCACUUCUCGUAGCACUAGUAAUGCCAUAUUGUUUUUAUGAUUGGCCCUACAUUAAUGCAUUUCAGGUGUUACGCGUGUAUUCCUACGCCGUCUUGUAA